UUUUUUUCUUAAAGAACUUUGCUGGCUUGAAUGAUUACCUUUCAACACAGGUUAAUUAGCAGACAUUGACAAGCAGGAUUGUAAAUUCAAGUGCAGACAAAGUUCUUCUUGCAGGAUGUUGCGAGCUGUUUUUAGUCCCGUAUCCAUUCCACUCCUGCAUUAACCCACCUCCACCUCCAGGAACCAGACACCGAAAUGGUGCUCCUCUUCCACGGGGCCAACAAAGCUCUAUGGAGAUGAGCCACUUCGGAGAUCGUAUGAGUCAAGCCGUUACAUUUUUGGAACAGCAUGAUGUUGAAGUUCCUUUUCUAUUUUUUGCCCAACUUCCCAAGAAAAAAAAAAAAAGAAGAAGAAGAACUGGGAUGAGAGGCAGCAGGGCCAGAGUGGAAAGAAACAAGGGUGGGGAUGGGGCUCAGCUUGGAUGGGUGAGCCGGUCACUGCGCGUCGGGGCUGGGGCAGUGCCUGUGCAGGAGGGUCUUUGUGUGUGUGAGGGUCUUUGCUCUGCUCUCCUCUGGGAUUGCCCCUCGGUGCCCACCUCCUCUUUGUUGGCUCUGUUCUCUCCGUGCAGCCCCGUGGGGCCACGUGUGGGGCUCAGCCCCGCUCCUGGGACCUGAGGACAAUUCUUGGCCCGGGUUCGCUGGGAUAUAUUUUGAGUUGUUUGUUGUGGUUUAUUUUUCCACAUUAAAAAUCUAAAUAUAUACCAGCGCCCGCCCAGCUGCUGUCCCAUGAUUUUUGUCAAUCUGCUACAAAACAAAACACAGCCACUCCAUCCCCUUCCUGCAGCCACCCCUGUGGUGCCUGAUGCUCGUGGGCGCGGGGCGAGCCGGCAGUAGGGUGGUUUGGCUGGGUUCCCAUGGUGUUGGUCAGGAUGUGGCUCUGGAUUUGUGCUUUUGGGGCUCAGAGGGUGGUUUGGCUGCAGCGCGGUGCGGAGUGGGAGCUCAGCUGUGUUUGGUGGGGUCCCGGAGCAGCGGGUUGGAGCCCAGGAUUGAGAGAGAGAAAAGGGUGGCACUGAGAGCUGGGAGUGUUGGGUAUUCUGGGACUCUGAGUGGGGGGGUCUUAGGUGGCCAAAAGUCGGUGCUGACGGAUGGGAAGGCAAAAGUUGAUGCCAGCAGAUGUGUGGGAGCAAUGAGCUGCGGCGCCGUGGCAUCGCAGGUCCCAGAAAUGCUGGGCUCUCCAGGGAUGCUCUGUGCGGGCAGAACGGGCUGUGGGACAGGAGCAGGGCCAGUCCCUGCGGCUGGAAGCCGUGACGCACCUCUGCCUUGCAGCACAGCCAUGAGUGCCGGAUCGAUAGAGCAGGAGCCGUCGCGCAAGCUGGCGUGCUGCGGGGUGCCGCUCAUCACCGAAGACAUGCAGUCCUUGGCCAUCCGCACCCUCUCGGGCACCGACAUCAACAAACACUACGACCUCAUCCGCGAGCUCGGCAAGGGCACCUACGGCAAGGUGGACCUGGUGUCCCACAAAAGCACAGGCACCAAGAUGGCCCUGAAGUUCGUCAACAAGAACAAAACGAAGCUGAAGAACUUCCUGCGGGAGUUCAGCAUCACCAACACGCUCUCCUCCAGCCCCUUCAUCAUCAAGGUCUUCGACGUGGUCUUCGAGACAGAGGACUGCUACGUUUUUGCUCAGGAGUAUGCCCCAGGAGGGGACCUCUUUGACAUCAUCCCCCCACAGGUGGGGCUCCCCGAGGACAUGGUGAAGCGUUGCGUGCAGCAGCUGGGCCUGGCGCUGGACUACAUGCACAGCAAGAGCCUGGUGCACCGGGACAUCAAACCUGAGAACGUGCUGCUCUUCGACCGCGACUGCCGCCGCGUCAAACUGGCCGACUUCGGCAUGACCCGCAAGGUGGGCUGUCGGGUGAAGCGCAUCAGCGGCACCAUCCCCUACACGGCGCCCGAGGUGUGCCAGGCCGGCCGCGCCGAGGGCUUCGCCGUGGACACCAGCAUCGACGUCUGGGCCUUCGGGGUGCUCAUCUUCUGCGUCCUCACCGGGAACUUCCCCUGGGAGGCGGCGGCCGCCUCCGACACCUUCUUCGAGGAGUUCGUGCGGUGGCAGAAGGGCCGCCUGGCGGGGCUGCCCUCGCAGUGGCGGCGCUUCACGGACAGCGCGCUGCGCAUGUUCCAACGCCUGCUGGCCCUCGACCCGGAGAAGCGCUGUCCCGUCAAGGAGGUCUUCUACUUCAUCAAGUACGACCUGAUGGCCGAGGUGCGCCGCCGGCCCUCCUACCGCUCCCGCAAA